AUGUCAACCCGGGGCCGAAAGAGGGUCUAUACGUCCGAGCGAGAGCUUGGUUAUAAUAUCCCAAUCGACCCUCAAUUACUCGCUGGCCCGAGUAUUGGCCUACCGCCGCCAAACCAUGAGCAAUUUUACUACAAUGAGGAUCAAAAUAUUGCUGUACAGAUAGAAGAUGAAUUUGACCAACUACUUCACCCAUCGAGCCCAUCACUGGGCUCGGCCUCAAUGGAUAUAUCCGAACCCGAAACAGAAGAACCGGACAUUGGAGAGCCUGUUAUCGAACGAGAGAACGUUGAUGUUCUGGAUAUUGACGACCAAGUACUAGAUGUGGACGAAUCUGAAGUUGGAAAACUCGCCGUCCGAUUGGCCAAUCAACUCAUCCAAUUUCAAGGGUACUGCCGUGACUGCCAUGCGCAUUCCAACAGAGAACACGCUGACGAGCACGAACUGCAUCGUGGCUUGCAGACUUUCCUUGAUGAGUCUGAAGAAGAAGCAUUGUCUAGCUAUCCCGACGUACUGGGCUCAAACCAAAUUGCACCCCACAAUAAUGACUUGGCUGGAUCAAUAACAGCUGCACAAAAGUACUGGGUAUUUAGUGGAAUCCAUCCUGACGAUCCCGAGGAAGCCCCGGCGCAUAUUUGUCUCCAAGAAGAAGAUACACUAUAUCAGAUAGCCGAAGUGACGUUUGAUAUUGACAGUAUUACUGGAUUUUGUCCCAGUCUGGGAAUUGCAAAAGGGGGCAUUCGGUGGAACUUUACCAGUUUCCGACCUCCGAUCCAGUUUACACUUGACUCGCAGGCGAGUCCAGUUUUUUGAUAGCUAUGGGCAUUUCCAUUCCAUCCGGAGACCAGUCCAUAAGAUCCCAUACUACAAGCUGGGCCGGUUAAUUAGCUUUGAAGAUAUCUCACUCUACCUCCUCUUCCCCCGUCUCUACCGAGAAGGCCAGCAGAGCAGCCGCCUGCUCAAUAAUGACUUCCAGACAUAGAUAGAUCAAGUUAUUCUCCCAGCCAUAUACUAUUAUUAUAACAGCAGUUAGCUUCAAUACUACCCCUCAAGC